AAUUAAAGAAGCACGCCAUCUAUAAUAAUACAAUAAAAAUUGAACUUUGACAUUAGAACUCGGGAUCAACAUGGCAGGUUUUACGGAAGAUGGGGAAACACUGGAGACAUUAUUAAAUAAAGCAACAAAUCCAACAAAUAGAGAUGAUGAUUGGGAGUACAUCAUGGCAUUUUGCGAUCGUGUUAACAAAGAACAUGAAGGACCUCAAGUUGCAGCUCAGCUUCUCAGCCACAAGAUUCAGUCACCGCAGGAAAGAGAGUCUCUGCAAGCCCUCGCAACUACUGAAGCUUGUGUAAAAAACUGUGGCGAGUUCUUCCAUCGUGAGAUUGGUAAAUUCAGAUUUCUCAAUGAGCUUAUUCGACUUAUAUCCCCAAAGUAUCUAGGAGGUAAAACAAAGGACAGUGUAAAGAAGAGGAUCAUUGAAUUGAUAUAUUCAUGGUCAAAGGGCAUUCCAGACCAACCGAAAAUUAAAGAAGCCUACGAUAUGCUGAAGAAGCAAGGAUUAGUGAAGGAAGAUCCAACAUACAUGGACAAAAUACCUCUAGAUGUUGGACCACCAAGGCCUAAGCAAGCUGUUUUUGAAGAUGAGGAUAAGUCAAAGCUGCUUGCUCGUCUGUUGAAGAGUAAACAUCCAGAGGAUUUGCAGGCAGCCAAUCGGCUCAUUAAGAACAUGGUGAAAGAUCAUGAAAAGACGGUUGAGAAGGUCAGUCACCGAUUGAAUGAGAUUGAAAAGUGUACAAAUAAUGUGAAACUACUGUCAGAGAUGUUGGAACACUACACUCCAGAAGUCACUAGUCCACAGGAGAAGGAGCUUAUGAAGGAAUUGUAUAUAUCAUGUGAGAAAAUGAGGCCUAAUUUAUUUCGGCUUGCAAGUUCUACAGAUGAUAAAGAAGAUGGAAUAGGUGAAAUUUUGGAAGCAAAUGAUAAAUUAACAAAAGUGAUGGAAUUAUAUCGUGCAAAGAUCGGUGAAGUGAUCGUAGCGGAAAGCUCUGACAGUAGUAGCGUGCAUGGGGUAGGGGAUGCACAUCAACGAGGUCAAGGUGGUGACAGUUCAUCAUUGAUUGAUCUAGAUGGACUAGACUCUACUCCAGCAGCUUCAAAUGAUUUGACAGUCUUGAAUAGUUCAUAUGUAUCAGGCUCUGGUGCAGUGGUGUCUGGAAUUGCCCCUAAUCAGAAUUCUGUUAGACAACCAACUUCGGAUGCUUUGCUUGAGCAACAGCUUUCUUCACUAGGUCUUGGAGUUGGUGGGGGAGUAGGAACAGUUCCUGUAACAACUCAAUCUGCUGCUGCAAUGCAACUAGAUGCUAUUUUAGGAACUGGCAUCACUCCUUCUACUACUUCAAAUUUUGCCACAUUUCCACCAGUUCAGCAGGCUAGUGGGUAUAACCAACCCAGUGUCAACAUGGUACAUCCAUCUAUGAUAAGGCAUCAAACAGCGCCCUCUAUGGCACAUCCAAUGAAUUCUUCAACUCAGAUCACCGGCUCACUACUAUCAGGCUCUACAUCCGUAUUCAAUAACCCACCAGUAGAGAAAUCCAAGGCAGAGAAGCCACCGCCGGCACUAUCAUCCAAGGCCUUUGCUGAAUUGGAAUCACUUGGUAAAAGCAUGAUGGUUGGUCAGAAUGCAGCAGUAACCACAGCGCAAGUAUCAAGAACAAACUCCAGUUCCUCAGAUGUGGACUCAUUAUUACUUUCAACUGGUCCAAGCCUCCCAUCACCUCAAAUCACUUCACCACAGCCAAUGUCUCAGCUGCCAACACAGCCGAUAUCAACCACAGGGCCUAGCCUACUGCAGCCAGCGCAGUCAUUGUCACAAGCACCGAAGCAGACGAUGAUGCAGAGUAAACCAUCGGGGGUAGCUGCCACUGUCCUGUCUCUUGCUGAUAUCUUUGUUCCUUUGGAUUCGAUUCAACCAGGGGUGACUCCACCAUUAACUGUAUACGAGAAGAACAAUGUUAAGACGGUGUUCCAUUUUGCCAAGGAUAGUCCAAGACCAGAUAUACAAGUGCUUGUGGUAUCCACAAUGAGCACCAACACAUCCCCAAUCAAGGGGGUUGUUUUCCAGGCUGCAGUUCCAAAGACAAUGCGUAUUAAGCUCCAGCCCCCGUCAGCCACGGACCUACCAGUGCAUAACCCCAUUUUACCCCCUAGUGCAAUUACACAAGUCAUGCUGGUAGCCAAUCCUCAGAAGGAGAAGAUCAGAUUAAAGUUCAAGUUACAGUACACAAUGGAUGGUAAAACAGUUGUAGAUGUUGGUGAGGUGGAUAAGUUCCCAUCAUAACAAGAAAUCAACAGCCAACACAGAGAGAAUAUAUUCAAGACAGAUUUUAUUUUAUUUUUUAUUUUAUUCUGUCCAAUCAAUGAAUCUUAAAAGUUUGAAUGAAUUGUAAACAAUGUAAAUUAAUGGAUGUUAGUUGGUUUAUUGUCAUCUGUAUCUUCACUGUCAUUUCACAAUCAUUGUCAUCAUCAGUAUUGUCAUCAUCACCAUUGUUCUCAUCAUCAUCUGAGCAUCAUUAUCACAACCAUCACCUUUUUAUUAUCAUCAUAAUCUUAUUGUCAUUUGUUCUGAAAGAACAUAGGUAUAUGCUUUCCUCUGUUGACAAUCCACAUAGGCAAAAACUUAAAACAAGAACUAAACAAAGUAAAAUAUUAUUAUUAAAAGUGAAAAUUUCAUUUUUAUUCCACUGCGUUUAGCUGCAUAGCACAUUCCAGAUUUGUUCACAAUUUAUGAUACCAAACAUUUUUUUGCCUGCUAAAAUUUUACCCAGAAAAUAAUAAAUUAGUAAAAUUCAGUUGGGAAAAACGAUUAUACAUGUAUAUUAACUUCAGAUCAUGAAUAUGCAUGAGAUUUAUGUGAAUAUUAAUAAUUUUCUUUAUAUAUCUUUCUACUCCGGGGUAAGCUAAGAAUAUUUUUUUUGUUGUAAUUAUUUACUUUUAUAAUGUGUUGCUCCUUUGAUCAAGGAUUGGAAUUGGUGCCCUAUAAAUUAUUAUUAAAUUAACAAAAUGAAGUAUAAGAUGCUUAAUAGUCUUAAUGUGAGGUGUAAGCAGUUACUUUUACUUGUGGUGUAAAUAUCAUUCAAGGAUCUGAACCCAGGAACUUGGGUUGGAUGACAAGCACCCUGAUCACCAAAUAGCAGCUUUCCUCCAUCCAUUUUUAAUCUUAUUUCAAAUUUAGCUUUAAAUAGAGCUUUUGCAUUAUUGAUGCUGAUGUUUACUUAAUUUUGUAUGGGGAUAUAUAUUUAGGGUGUAGUAAUUAAAAUACCACUUCAUUUUUGUGUGGUUUAAGAUUGUAUAAUUUAUGGUAUAGAUGUAUUGUAGAACUGGUAUUAUAUCUGGGCCAAGUUUGUAGAUGAAGUUAGUGUAACUUGAAAAGCGCCCCCACCAUCUCAACUUUAAUAUAGAAUAUGACAUGAAACAACUCACAGCAGAGCAAAUAUACAGAACUAUGGAUGUUUUUUUGUUAAGAGGGAUGUAUAAUAAAGCUCCAAUUGGAA